AUGUCCGGUACUCAGGGAAUGUUGGCUGAGGCCUUCAGCGCGACCGUCAACGCCGCCACAAAUCCACCCCCGAAUCCCGAGGACCACGGCUCUAAGGCCCACCACGUCAACGGCGGAAAGGGAGGCUUCGUCAAUCCAUGGGAUAGUUGGCACGACGCGGGCAUCGUGGCCAUUCUGAAGGGGAUAAUGCAUUACCGCAAGACGCAUGGCGUGACGGGCCCCAAGACCGACCCGGCGCCAAACGUUGUCAAGCCAACCUUCCCAACCACCCGCUCCGCCACCGACACGCAGUUUCGUGCCACAUGGCUCGGCCACGCUUGCUUCUAUGUCGAGUUCCCCGGCGGUCUGCGAGUGCUCUUCGAUCCGGUUUUCUCGGAUCGCUGCAGUCCGGUGCAGUUCAUGGGCCCGAAACGAUACACCAAGAUUCCGUGCGAAAUCGCCGACAUUCCCGUAGUCGACAUCGUUUGCAUUAGCCACAACCAUUACGACCAUACCGACUACGGCACUAUAGUGAAACUCCAGGAACUUCACCCGAAAGUCCACUUUUUUGUCCCGUUGGGAGACAAGCAAUGGUUCACCCGCUCCGGUUUCCACAAUUGUACCGAGCUUGACUGGUGGGAUGUGCGGGAAGUCGUGUUGGACCCGUCGAACGAAGGACAGAAGACCACCGUCGGGUUCCUACCAUGCCAGCAUACCAGUGGCCGCGGGCUUACGGAUCGAUCCAUGACAUUGUGGGGCAGCUGGAGCAUUGAGAGCGGCGGGAAGAAAGUAUAUUUCGCUGGUGAUACUGGUUACCGUGCCGUUCCCCAGGAAUCGGCAGGAAAGGACGACUACGCUGAGGAAUACAAACACCUCCCUGUGUGCCCGGCGUUCAAGCAGAUUGGAGAGCUACGAGGUGGCUUUGAUUUGGGUUUAAUACCUAUCGGCGCUUACGUUCCCAGAUGGAUCAUGAGUCCUAUGCACGCCGAUCCGAAGGACGCGGUCAACAUUUUUGUCGAUACGAAGUGUACGAAGGCGAUAGCAAUGCACUGGGGAACUUGGGUGCUCACUGACGAGCCCGUUAUGGAACCCCCGGAGCGGUUGCGGCGCGCGUUGAAGGAGAAGGGGAUCGACGAGACUGGCGUGUUCGACGUGCUGGAUAUCGGUGGCAGCAAAGAUUUCUAG